AUGGAUUUGGGGUUCUCUGGGCCCAAAUUUACUUGGACUAACAAGAGAGAAGUAGGAGGUCUUAUACAUUGUAGGUUGGAUAGGGUUUGGGCUAACCCUAACUGGAAAGCUGCCUUCCCUGAAGCUACUAUUACUCAUCUAGCCAAAGUUAAUUCUAAUCACUGCCCUUUGCUUCUUAGUUUGUGCUUAAGUAUACCUAAUGCCUCCAAUCGGCCAUUUAGAUUCCAACCUAUAUGGCUGAGUCACAAUGAUUUUCCUGCCAUUGUCAGAGAUUCUUGGGCUGGCAUGGAAUAUGAUCUUAUGGGUGCAGUCACUCGAUUCACUCACAAAGCUCUAACUUGGAAUAAAGAAGUAUUUGGGAAUAUUUUUGCAAAAAAGAGACUAAUCAUGGCUAGGUUACUGGGGACUCAGAGAGCUAUUGCUAAUAAUCCUAAUAACUUCUUGAUCAAUCUCCAAGGUCAGCUGUCAAGAGAGUAUAAUGAAAUAUUACAGCUAGAAGAAGAGCUGUGA